AUGAGGCAGGUCAAGCGCAAUGUCCGUCUCGUCACGGAGCAACAUAUCAUUGACAAGCCAUCAGAGGUUGAGGGCUUCCCCCAACGCGAGUGGUCUAUCGAGGUGUGGCUUCUGAAUGAGAAGGGCGAGCAGGUGCCUGCCACCAUCUUCGACAAGGUCGUCUACCGUCUGCAUCCCAGUUUCGGCGCUCGCGCUACUCAGACUUUCAAAAACCCUCCCUUCCGUAUCCAAGAAGAGGGAUGGGGUGAGUUUGAUAUGACCAUCGAUCUGGUUGCCGACAAGACCCACCCGGUCCAACAUGACUUGAACUUUGCCCAGGAGCGUUACGAGGCUAAGCACCAAAUUACCUUCCGUAACCCCAAACCAGCUCUCCUGGCCGCGUUGCGUGAGUCUGGCCCUGUUCCGGGUGACGAGAAUGGCGUAAAGGCCAAGCGUGCUGCCGGUGCCGGUGAGGAAAGCGCAAAGAAGAAGAAGCGUACUGAGAAGAAUGUCGACAUGGACAAGCUUGCCGAUGGCUUGCAAAAACUGAACGAAGAUGACUUGCUGCAGGUUGUGCAAAUGGUACACGACAACAAAACCCCCGAGUCAUAUACCAAGAACGACGCUGAGUUGGGCGAGUUCCAUGUGGACCUGUACACCCUCCCCGACACUCUGAUCAAGAUGCUCUGGGACUUCACGGUGGAACGGGGUGCCUUGUAG